AGAGCGAGAGAGCAGCAAAAAGAGAGAGAUGUAGAGGGAUGAUGAGACUUGCUACAUGUCUGAUGCAGGACGUAGUUUGCUUUCUGCAUGAAAAGAGUGGCUUCUUGCAUCUCAGCCAGCUUUUUUUAAAUUGGCAGUCUAAGGAUUGCUUGCCACUUGCCUUUACUGACCAUGCUGAUGGAGAAAAUAUGAAAGAGAGCCUUGUUCAUUUUACCUGCCUUUCCAUACAAGGCACCAUGGCAUUGUUGGUUAAGAGGAUAUAGUAAAGUUUUCUUAUAAACUUUAUUCAGUUAGGUGAAUUUAUUGUAAUUGUUUUGCCAUCAUGAGCCAUCAGCCAGGGUUGGGCUCCAAAAGCUGUAAUCUGCACCCCAACCAUGAAUUUUUUUACACAAAUCAUUAAAAUACUAAGAGCAAGGAUGCAGGUGUGUAUUUGAGAGUGUCAGAGAAGCACAUGGGCCACUGUUUGAAGGGAUGUUCUCUGGAACCGACUUCAAUGGACAGGAUGGGGCGUGUAUCACUCAACAGUCUGAGGGAAGUGCUUUCAAUACGAAAGGUACACAGAAUCUCAAAGCAACCCAGGAUCCUUGGAGCAAGCAUCACAUCCAGGAAGGGGAGAAAGAUACUGAACUGGACUUUGCAUUAUUAAAUUCACAGACUGAGAAAAACGCUAGGGGGGUCGUCACCGGUGCUCAGUAUUGUUCUCUACAGGGUUCCAAAGAUCAGGCCCUGGGCACUCUUAGAAAAUCUUGUGUAGGGAUGGAGGUUCGGGUUAUGGAGAACUAUAACAAGAUUCCUUGUUUUGUGCGCAAUAAUGGACCAAAAGUAGGUCAUGCUUUUUCUGACUCAGUCAGCUCUAGUUGUUCUGGAGCCAAAGGUGAAAGAUGGGCUGAGAGGGAUGGAAACACCUUUCCCGGUGCUGGUCAUGUUCCGGUCUGCUCCAUAAAUAAUGAUAAAACAGGCACAGUAAAGGAAGAAGAGAAGUGUGAGAAUGAGGAAGAAUCUAGUGCCGUCAUUGAGCACAUACUAAAAGAAUUACGUGGCAUAAAUAAGAUCCAGGAAGAGAUUUCAGAUUUGCGUGAGUAUCUCACAUCAGUAUGGGGUUCUGUUGAUGAAAUAUCCAGCUGUGUCGAUGCCGUUCUCAUGGAAAUUGAAGGACUCCGUUCAGGAUCAAGCACAGGAGCGGGGAGUAGUGGAGAAACUAUCAUAUCCCAAAAACCCAAUAGCCAAAUAGGUUUUGAGGUACAGGAAUCAUGUCAUGCAGUAACCCAGGAACUCAUAAAACUGCAAUCACAGUUUAGUGAAAUGAAUGAACAUACAAAGAGUUCAUCAACAGAGGGUAACUGGUUAGAACCUGCUGGGUCUACGUUUCGGACUUCCUCUGAUGGUUAUAACUUGAUCAAGAUUCCUGAUCAAGAUCCUUCAGAAAAAGCAUUGGAAUUACCAUCUUGCUCGCUGUCUAGAAAAGUCAGCUUUAGUUUUCUAGAAUUUCAAGAAGGCCAGAAAUGCCCAAGCACCAGUUCCCUGUCUUCAAGCCAUAGCUCAAAGUCAAAUGAAUAUUACAAAGGGAAACAUCAUGUAUCUACCAUGAAACCUGACGACUGGAGAACUGUGGGUACGCAGCACAGUGUAAUUAAGAAGACAGAUGGCGACCUUCAACUUUCUUUUCCUCAAAAGAAUAUUACAGAACAAGAGGAGAAUCUUGGAGAAAUGGAUACAUGUGAACAAUGUAAGCGCACAGAACCUGAAAACACCACAGAUCAAUCAUCAGUAUGUAGUCCUGAAUACCUUGUGUUUGAGAGUGAUCGUCACUAUAAUACCCCCGCUGAUUCUCCCAGAUCAGCAAAUUGGCAGGAACUCGGAUAUUCUAACCAUGACAAUGGGGCAUCCACUGACAUGCAGAUAGCAAGUUGUAGUUUUGAAUAUGAUUAUACUGCCAGCUGUAUUUACUCUCCUACUUCUGGCUACCAUUAUCUAGAGACUUACAAUCAAGGAUAUGUGACUGAGCCCUCCAGAAUCCCCAAUCACAACUCGACCAUUUUAGAGUGUGUCGGCUGCCAUGACUGUGAUCUUACACCUGAUGAUCUGGAAGUAGGUAUGGGGCAAACUGUGAACCCAGAGUGGGAAGGACAGUCAAACACCAUUAACACAGUUGAUGCAGCCUUACAAGGAGAGGAGGAAGAAGAAAGUGUCAACUACCUUCCUUGUAUAAAGAAUGAGGAUGAGGAGGCUGAUACAGGAUUCAAUGUGAAAAGGUUUGGAAAAGUGGUGCUAGAUUUUAAAAGUGCCGUUCGUUGUGCUCUACAUAAACUGGAGACCACGGGUCCUCAGUUCUCUGAGGAGGAAAUUGAAAGCAAACUAUCUGUAAGUCCAAGUAGAAGCCUGAUAGAAAUAGACAGCACAGAAAGUAUCCGAGAGGAGGAAGGAAAUAGCUCCAUAGAACAUUUUCCAGAGAUGGACGGUGAAGCCUGUCAUACGGAUGCAAAGCCAAGCCAGCUGGACUCCCUGGAGGAGUGCCCUCAUACAUGUAGGACACAGGUUGGUCUCCAGGGCUCUCCAGGUACUCUUAUCUCUCAUGAAAUGACUGCCAAGAAGCUGGAAGGUACAGGAGAAGCCCAGGCCACUGAGGAACAGAACUCCACCAAAGCAAAACUAUCCGAGCUCUGCACUAGCGAUACAGAACUCAGCCAGCAGGAGGUGCGGCGUCUUAAAUGCAUCAGUAACUUCCAGAAAAUCCUGAAGGAGAAGCGGCAGAUGCAGCAGAAUCUUUCAAGGAUGACCAUGCACACCUUUUCUCAGGAGGAGAGCUUUCCAGAAGGCAGUAGAGGAGUUGUCCAGCAGAACCGUGAAGGUAAUGGCGGCAUCAGCAAACACCCAUGGCUCAAGUCUAGUGGAGGGGAUAACUUUGGGAUUGACAGCAUGCCUGAUCUACGGAAGAAAAGGCCCAUCCCACUGGUCAGCGACUUGUCCCUUGUCCAGUCCAGGAAGGCUGGCAUCACCUCUGCCCUGGCCACAAGGACCUCCCUGAAAGAUGAGGACCUGAAGAACCAUGUCUACAAGAAGACUCUGCAGGCUCUCGUUUACCCCAUCUCCUGCACCACCCCCCACAACUUUGAGGUGUGGACGGCCACCACACCCACCUACUGCUACGAGUGUGAGGGGUUGUUAUGGGGCAUUGCACGGCAGGGCCUGAAGUGCUCGGAGUGUGGUGUCAAGUGCCACGAGAAAUGCCAGGACCUGCUCAAUGCAGACUGUCUGCAACGUGCAGCAGAGAAAAGUUCCAAAAUGGGAGCUGAGGAUCGCACCCAGAGCAUCAUAAUGGCCAUGAAAGACCGCAUGAAAAUCCGUGAGAGAAACAAACCGGAGAUCUUCGAGGAAAUCCGAGACGUGUUUGGUGUUAGCAAACUUGCCCAUGCCCAGCAGAUGAAGGCUGUCAAGCAGAGUGUGUUGGACGGUACCUCAAAGUGGUCAGCCAAGAUCACAAUCACCGUGGUGUCUGCUCAGGGUCUGCAGGCCAAAGACAGAACGGGUUCGAGUGAUCCCUAUGUAACAGUGCAGGUGGGGAAGACUAAGAAGCGGACCAGGACUAUUUACGGAAACCUUAACCCAGUCUGGGAGGAGAAAUUUAACUUCGAAUGUCACAACUCCUCAGACCGGAUCAAGGUUCGUGUGUGGGAUGAAGAUGAUGACAUCAAGUCUAGAGUGAAGCAACGACUCAAGCGAGAGUCUGACGACUUCCUGGGACAGAGCAUCAUCGAGGUCCGCACUUUAUGUGGAGAGAUGGAUGUCUGGUACAACCUGGAGAAAAGGACAGAUAAGUCAGCCGUGUCAGGAGCCAUCAGGCUGCAGAUCAAUGUGGAGAUUAAAGGAGAGGAGAAGGUGGCUUCCUACCAUGUUCAAUACACUUGUCUACAUGAGAAUAUAUUCCACCACUGCACUGCUGUCGAGGGCCAGGGUAUGGUAAAGAUUCCGGACGCUCAUGGAGAUGAUGCCUGGAAGGUGUAUUUCGAUGAGGUGGCUCAAGAGAUCGUGGACGAGUUUGCGAUUCGUUACGGCAUAGAGUCUAUAUACCAAGCUAUGAUACAUUAUGCUUGCUUAUCAUCCAAGUACAUGCUAUCCGGUGUGCCUGCAGUGAUGAGCACACUGCUGGCCAACAUAAAUGCCUUCUAUGCCCACCCCACAGCCCCCACCAAUGUAUCAGCCUGUGACCGAUUUGCUGCUUCCAAUUUUGGGAAAGAGCGGUUUGUCAAGCUUCUGGAUCAGCUGCACAAUUCUCUUCGUAUUGACCUCUCAUCAUACCGUAAUAAUUUCCCUGUUAGCAGUAAGGAACGCCUGAAAGAUCUGAAGUCCACAGUAGAUCUUCUGACCAGCAUAGCCUUCUUUAGGCUAAAGGUGCUUGAGCUUCAAAGCCCACCACGGGCUGGACAGGUUGUAAAGGACUGUGUAAAAGCUUGCCUUAACUCCACCUAUGAGUACAUCUUCAAUAACUGCCAAGAACUCUACAGUCGCGAGUAUCAGACCCCAAUAGACCCUAAGAAAGAAGAAGAGACAGUAGAAGAGCAGGGCCCCAGCAUCAAGAACCUGGACUUCUGGCCAAAACUCAUAACCUUGAUCGUGUCCAUCAUUGAAGAGGACAGGAACACCUAUACUCCAGUGCUCAAUCAGUUUCCCCAGGAACUAAACGUUGGGAAAGUCAGUGCAGAGGUUUUAUGGACACUGUUUGCCCAGGACAUGAAGUAUGCCAUGGAAGAGCAUGAAAAACAUAAGCUGUGCAAAAGUGCUGACUACAUGAACCUGCACUUCAAGGUGAAGUGGCUGUACAACGAGUACGUGAAAGGCCUGUCAGCUUUCCAAGGCAUUGUCCCAGAUUACCCAUCGUGGUUCUUGCCCUUUGUGUUGCAGUGGCUGGCCGAGAAUGAAGAUGUGUCCAUGGAUUUUAUGCGUGGGGCUCUAGAGAGGGACAAGAGGGAGGGAUUCCAGAAGACUUCAGAGCAUGCUUUGUUCUCCUGUUCUGUGGUGGACAUUUUCACGCAGCUCAAUCAGAGCUUUGAAAUUAUAAAAAAAUUAGACUGUCCAGAUGCCACAGUUGUGGCGCACUAUAACAGACAUUUCUCCAGGACCAUAAGUAAAGUGCUGCUACAAUAUUGUGAAGUCCUCACCAAGAGCUUCCCCUCCUACUGUGAAAAGGAGAAGAUUCCCUGCAUUCUUAUGAACAACGUCCAGCAGCUGCGAGUCCUGCUGGAGAAGAUGUUUGAAAGUAUGGGUGGCAAACAGUUGGACCCAGAGGCUAGUAACUUGCUGACCGAUCUGCAGGUGAAGUUGAGCAAUGUUCUGGAUGACCUGAGCAUUAUAUUUGUCAACAGUUUCCAGAGCCGGAUCAAUGGGUGUAUAAGACAGAUGGCAGAGCUGUUGUAUCAAGUGAAGGGUCCCGCUAAUGUCUCCAGCAUGGUGGAGGCCGACUCUGACCACAUACUGCGACCCCUCAUGGAGUUCCUGGAUAGCAACCUCAUGGUGUUUGCUGCUGAGUGUGACAAAACCGUGCUGAAGAGAGUCCUGAAAGACCUUUGGAGGACUGUCGUGAUCGGUCUGGAGAAGAUUAUUGUGCUGCCACAGAGCAACGACAGCUUCGGUGCUCAGAUCCUCAGUGCUGCCAAGGAGCUUGGACAGUUCUCAAAGCUGAAGGGUUCAACUGAAGCCAAAACGCUGUCCUCGAAACAGUGUGCUGUAAUGGAUGUCACACUUGAGACCAUCAAGCAAUAUUUCCAUGCGGGUGGAAAUGGGUUGAAGAAGGCCUUCCUGGAGAAGAGUACUGAGCUGUCCUCCUUGCGCUAUGCCCUGUCCCUCUACACACAGCCAACGGACACUCUGAUCCAAACCUUUGUUACCACACAACACACCCAGGUACAUAAUGGAAUGGGCAUCAGGAUUACAGUCAAUGAGAAAGUAUGGCCUGACCCGGGGCCAGGGGUGGAGCGGGCAGUUGGUGAGCUGUCCAUGCAGGUGGAUAUUGCUACUGGUCCCAAGGAACAAAAGGUCACAGUGAAAGUUCUCGCAGUGAAUGACCUGAAGUGGCAGACCACUGGAAUGUUCCGGCCCUUUGUGGACGUGACAAUUAUAGGCCCCCAUAUCAGUGAGAGGAAACGCAAGUUCACAACCAAGUCCAAGAACAACAGCUGGUCACCAAAGUAUAAUGAGUCCUUUUUCUUCACUCUGGGAAAUGAAGUACGUUUGGACUGUUACGAGUUGCAGGUGUGCGUGAAGGACUACUGCUUUGGUCGUGCAGACCGGGUCGUGGGCAUUGCUGUCAUACAGCUGCGGGAUGUGGCUGACAGACGCAGCUGCGUCUGCUGGUGCCCCCUGGGCUGUCGGAUACAGACGGACGAGACGGGCCUGACGGUUCUGCGGAUCCUCUCCCAGCGAUCCAAUGAUGAGGUGGCCAAAGAGUUUGUCAGGCUCAAGGCGGAGACACGCUCAGCUGAGGAAGGCAGAUGAAGAAGGAAGGUGGAGGGUACUUAGGCACCACAUCUGGGCUGGUACACGAUGAAUGACAGGACUUUGCCCCACACCCCCCCUGCUGGUCUCAGCUUGUCUAAGAAGGGAAGGGAUUAUGGGUAAAAGCUCCUCCCACCUGGCCAUAUUUGCCUUAUUCUCAUUUUUCACUCUUUCUGAAGAAACAACGCGGAAGCUCAGAGUGAAAGCUGACAUGAACUUUAUGGCACUUUUCCACUGCCACCAGGAACCGAGCCGUACCCGAUCUGUCCUCGAACUGAUGGUGUUCGAUUGCAAAGUAUGUGAGCCAUACCUGAGCCAUACCUGUGCUGACAUGGCCCUGCUUAGCGUGACCAAACCCGGCUAGUUGCGUCAGCACCUCCGAUGGGUUGAAAGCACGGAGAUACCACUGAUCUGCGUUGAUAGGCAUGGAUUUUCUGAAGGAAAAAAACAGCAUAUUUUAUAUAUUAUUUAUUUGUGUCGCAUAUUGCAGUGUAUUAAUGCAUUCCUGAUAACUAAUAAAUUAUAAAUACAUUUCCAACCUCCAACUUUAAAAAGUACUAUAGAACAGCUGAAUGAAAUGGAUUCCUAAAGAAAACUUACACAGGUGAAUGCUAAUUUUGUUAGCUUUUGUUGAUAGCAUAACACAGCAAUUCUCAUAGACAUACUACUGAAAAUUAGCAAGCAGUAAACAACAAAAAAAAUCAUGAUGUACACCGUGUGGACAGUAUAUGUGCGGCUCUUCGGUUUUACGUCACUGUCGCACUCCAAACCCAGCAACACCUUUACCAAGCUGACCCUUUUGCAGUGGAAAACCGAAGCUAGCUGGAACUGCGCUGUAAUUAGUCUCUCUUUGCAGCACGGCUCGGGUCAGUUCCAGUGUGCCAGUGGAAAAGCGCCAUUAGAGUCAUGGCCCCUGUAACAGUUCCCUGGUUUGUAGGGAACUGCAUCUUCUCCUCCUAAGUCUCUCACACAAACACACACCUAUCUGGGGUGUUUGUCAGAGCCUAUGAUAUCAACAUGGCCCCCGUUUUCCAGUAGCUGGUGUUACAUCACGCUUAUUUUUAAAUCUAGCAGACACUGUAUAAAUAGGGGUCAGAGGGCGGGGUCAGUCGAUGUCCUGGGAGCAAUUGGGGCUAAGGGCCUUGCUCAAGGGCCCAGUAGUAACGUCACUCUGCCAACCACGGAUUUCAGCUAGUGACUUUACAGUCAUAGGCACAGAGUCCUUACCCACGGAGCCUCUCACCUCCCCAAAAUGCAUACAGUUUUUAAUCAUUCUCCAUGAGAGUAACCUUAAAGGCCACAUUCCUCAUCCUCAUGAGUGUGAUGCAUGUUCUGCACAUCAUUCUUACACUGAGUUUCCAUGCAACUAUAAGCAAGAGAAAAACCUAUACACGCAUAUAAUACAUGAAUGUAAUGUGGAUAUGUUAUUUAUAAGGUAUGUAAAUUACAACAACACAAAGAAUUUGGAUUGCCAGGACAUGAGUGUCUAUAUUUAUUAACCAGACAGUUUUUAUAUCAUUGACCAUGUGUUACAAGCCCACUGGCUCAGUCUCUAUAGCCUUAAGUAAACUAGCUUUUGGGGUUGGGUAGAUGGAAGUAACGAUGAUUUUGAAGGAACAUAUGUCUUUAAGCAAAAGUAAUUCCGUAAGCUGUAAAGAUAAUGUUCACAAUUCUUUUAAUUUUCAGUGAACUGGCAUCUCAUCCGGAAUGUUCCCCUGCCUUGAGCUCAAUGAUUCCUGACAUAGGCUCUAGGCCCUGUACAAGUAUACAUUACAGUGUAUACAUUAUGGAUGGAUGCAUGAAUGGAUGGAUGGAUGGAUGGAUGGAUGGAUGGAAGAUGCUUUUAAUUUCCCCCCCUGUCUUCCUGUUUCUUGGGUAUGUGCGUUUCUGUUUUUCAGGUGGUCUGCUCAAGAUAAAACCGAGUCCAUUUAUAAGAACAAAGACUUUGAUCCGAUCAGCAAUCAUAAGAGGUUCUUUGAAGUAUCAUUUCUGAAGUUUUCUGAUUAAGGGAAAUAUUGUUAUUGACAUUACUGAUAUUGUUAGGAAUGUUUAUUGACAAGAAUGUCUCCUGAUAGUUUAUGCGGUAUGUAUUAUUUAUAUUGUUGUGUGAAAUGUUAUGGACUUACAUGUAAGUUUGCAUAUGUUAGUCUAAAGAGCUAGAAAGACAACAGGCUAAUAUAGUCAGACUGAUAGGAGAGGCAGUCCCAAGUAGUGCAGUGGAUGACAUUUCAGUUUGUCUGCUUCCAUCAUCAUCAUUGUGGCCUUAAUAUUUUAGUUAAAAAUUUAAGAACUCAUUCAAACUUACUAUUAUGUGUAGUAGCACAGUCUCGCCCAGUCUCUUCUUCAAGUGGUGCAGGGGUGCAGGACAGCAGAGUGAGGAUGUAAAAAGAAAAAGAUCCUUAAUACAUUGUAUAUAUUUUGUGACAAGCAGUGCAAAAAUGUGUUUAUAUGUAUUUUUAUAUGUGAAGCAUAUAUCUUCAUAAAAUGUCUAAUAUUGCAUGCACUGUAUAUUUUGAUGUAUUCCAGAGCUUGAUUUGUGAAUUUUUAUGUAUUCUCUAAUGGUGACGAGUAAUGUUAAUGAUAACAUUAGAAUUACACAUCAAAAUUA